GUACGCUAGUAUGCGGCUUGUGACAGCAGAGAGGCUAAGUAGGGAUGGGAUGGGAGGAAUGUUUUUAUUCCUGCCUGGUUUAAAUACAGCAACAGAAACGAGGCUGUUAGAAAGACAGACAGGCUGUGGAAAUAUCAGGCCUAUUAUAAACCUUUAAUGAGCAAUAUUAUACUAUUAUAAUAUUGUACUUAUUCGGCUGUAUUGAGGAUGGACUGAAUGCAGAAUGGCUACUAUAUCGUGAUCCUGCAGUGUAGAGUCGGACCAUGAACUACGUGGGACAGCUGGCCGGACAGGUGUUCGUGCAGGUAAAGGAGCUGUACCGAGGCCUGAACCCUGCCACCCUGUCCGGCUGCAUCGAUGUGAUCGUGGUGCGGCAGCCCGACGGCUCUUUGCAGUGUUCGCCCUUCCACGUGCGCUUCGGCAAGAUGGGUGUGCUGCGCUCCCGGGAAAAAGUGGUCGACAUAGAGAUCAACGGCGAGCCGGUCGACCUCCACAUGAAACUGGGGGAGAACGGCGAAGCUUUCUUCGUCAAGGAGGCCGAGACGAACGAGGAGGUUGUCCCGUCCCAUCUGGCGACGUCCCCUAUAAUGACCGACGGCUCGACUCUAAUGGAGUCCCAGCUGGGAAAAGGUGCGUCUCACCUGAACGAGCCCGUAACCAGGACCCCCGGCGAGUCCGUGUGCUCCUCGGGAGACAGCGGUUUGACGAAGAAAAGGAGAAAAAGAAGGAAGAAGUCCAAACUCGACACCGUGAAGCGAGAGGGAAACGGAGACUCGGAUGAUGAGGACAUGUUCACCAUGGAGAUGAGUUCUGACGAGGAUGCAGAUACCACAGCGAGCAGAGCUACGUCGCAUGAAUCCUACGCUGAGCAGAUGAGCAGUGGUCCCUCCAGGAGUUCCUAUACACAAAGCAAAGCAUACACACCAUGCAACCAAGACUGGACUUGUGUACAAAGCACAAGAAUGAAGCAGACCUGCACGCUGACAGUCCCAGCUAACGGCGGCCUGUCCAGCUCCUGUCCACAACAAGCCUCUGUAUUUCCCACUGAAAAGAGCCAAGGAAUUGGCUCCUUACCCUCCACACCCAAGAGUGACUCUGAGCUGAUGGUCAGACAGAUGUCUACAGGGAAGCCGGAGAACCCUGAGAUGCUGUGGGCUUGGGGAGAGCUCCCUCAGGCCGCCAAGCCCAUGUUCAAGCAGCCCGCAUCGAUCCCCAUGUCGGACAGCACGCAUUUCCGCACCAUUACUGGAGAUGGGAUGGUGGACAACGAGGACGAAAACGCUCCGGCGCUCGGGGCCGAAGGGGCGACAGCAUCAGCACCCGCUCCUUCUACGGAGGUGGAAGCCAUCGGUGUGGAAGCCAUCGGUGUGGCGGCUUGUCUAUUAAGCAACCUGGAGGAUGAACGGCACAGUCCAGCGCUUCAGGGCGCCAGCAAGACUGACUCGCCGUCGAAGAGAAAAGACAAGAAGAGUCGUCACCUCGGAUCGGACGGCGUGUAUCUGGACGAUCUUACGGAGCUGGAGCCAGAGGUAGCGGCGCUUUAUUUUCCUAAAAGUGAUGGUCCAGGGUGUGUUCGGGGCAAGACUGAGCAAAGGAGUGCCAAUCAGUCUCCCCAGUCAGUUGGCAGCAGUGGGAUGGACAGCGGUAUGGACAGCUAUUCUGACCAAGCAGACCUGCCCAAUAUUACCAUCUCUCUUUGUGGAGGACUGACCGAGAACCGAGAGAUCACUACAGAGGAAUUUCAGGAGAAGGCUGUAUCCUAUCAGGAGUUUGCCGACAACCCGUCGAUUAUUGACGACCCCAACCUGGUUGUAAAAAUCGGAACCAAGUACUAUAACUGGAGUACAGCAGCUCCUGUAGUGCUGGCAAUGCAGGUUUUCCAGAAACCCCUGCCAAAGGCUGCGGUGGAGAACGUCAUGAAGGAGAAGAUGCCCAAGAAAGGCGGACGCUGGUGGUUUUCGUGGCGGGGGAGGAACAGCAACUCCAGAUCGGAAUCUGCCGAGAGUGAAGAGCACGCCUCAUCAUCUGGAAUUGGGUUAAAGGAUGAAUCCUCCUCGAGUGAUGACGACAGUAGAGCGGCGCAGCAGAAUUUAGCAUGCAGCGAGUCUGAGCCCCAGAGUACGAGCAGCGUUUGCUAUCGGAAGACCCUCCGCUUAUCUUCGGAAGAGCUGGCCAGUCUGCAGCUCAAAGAGGGCCCCAAUGAUGUGGUCUUCAGCGUGACUACGCAGUACCAGGGUACCUGUCGCUGUGAAGGCACCAUCUAUUUGUGGAACUGGGAUGAUAAGAUUGUGAUUUCGGAUAUAGACGGCACCAUCACCAGAUCGGAUACCCUGGGACACAUUCUGCCAACACUGGGCAAAGACUGGACCCAUCAAGGAAUUGCCCGGCUGUACCACAAAGUUAGCCAGAACGGCUACAAGUUUAUGUACUGCUCGGCUCGAGCGAUCGGUAUGGCCGAUAUGACCAGAGGCUACUUGCACUGGGUUAACGAGAGAGGCACCAUGCUACCUCAGGGUCCCGUUCUUCUCAGCCCUAGCAGCCUGUUCUCUGCGCUGCACAGGGAGGUCAUAGAGAAAAAGCCAGAGAAGUUCAAGAUCGAGUGUCUGACUGACAUUAAGAACCUGUUCUAUUCAAACACUGAGCCUUUCUACGCUGCGUUCGGAAACAGGGCAACGGACGUUUACUCGUAUAAGGAGGUGGGCGUGCCACUGAACAGAAUCUUUACGGUGAAUCCUAAAGGAGAACUCAUCCAAGAACAUGCCAAGACCAACAUAUCAUCGUACGGGCGUUUGUGCGAGGUGGUGGAUCACGUCUUCCCUCUGCUGAUCAGAGGCGACACCUCGGACUUCCCCUGUUCGGACACCUACAGCCAGUUCACCUACUGGAGAGAGCAGCUACCGGCACUGGAUCAGGACGCAGAAAACGGCGAGGGGGACUAGCACACUAGUAACAUAGCACUUUUUUUAACAGAGCAUGACUCGUGAGAUCUACUUGUUUUUCCCAUCAUCAAUACCUUAAUUUUCAAUACCAUCGUGUGUGUCAUAGCUUUAAGCUAGCAGACUCAAGCUUUAUUUCCACUGCUGUCCGUUCAGAUUUAGUUUGGAGCUAAUCAGGUUGCGUUCACAGAAUCUUUGGUUUUGGCAUCUGUCAAACACUCAGAUAUUUACCGUCAUACAUACACCUGGGAAUCGAAUCCAGGAUCUUCUCACUGCAAGGCGAAGGUGCUAUCCACCGAGUAAACGUUAGAUAUAUUAAUCAUUCAAUUAAGUUGGACUAACAGGGUAACGAUCAUUCUGAACUUGGUUCGAAAAUUGGCAUUGCCACCGGUCAGUUGGGCACCAUCUAGCAGGAAUAAUUGGCAGUGCAUGCAGCAGAAACGUUUCUGCUAGGGCGGGAUGACCGGACUAUGUGGGUGGGGUCUUCAAACGCUGUGUAAGGACCCUGAUUAGCAGAUAGAGAGGUGCCUGUGCAGAAUGCUUGAGUGAAAAAAGGUUCCGCUAAGGGCUGUGCGCGGGUCGUAUGAGGCGUGAGCGGCAAUAUACCCCCCUCGACUGCAAUCAGGGAUCCCCCAGCAGCGGAACUACCUGUCCUGUCAUGAAUGUAACCAAACACAGUAAGGCAGGAAUACCCUGUAUAGGACGCCAAUCCAUCGCAGCGCUUUGGCAAUCAUUAAUAUAGACACUCGGUUGGCAACUGAGAUUCGAACCCAGGUCUCAGUGGUGUAAUAGACCUUGCAUAGACCAAGCACCUCAAUUGAAUCCAAGUUGUUUGCUUAGCCGUGCAUUCAUAUAUUGUCCUCGUCCUUUAACGCAGUGGUCCCCAAGCACCGUGCCGCGGACUGGUACCGGUCAGUGCAUCAUUUAUUACCGGGCCGGGUGUUAUUGUCUCCUAUCACCAGUAGGUGGGAGCAGCGUCUCGUUGCAGCUCAGGGUUCCCUCAGAUUUUCCAUCGUCUGUGAGCAGUAUUGUUAUUUUAUUUUAAAUCCUCCUGCCCCCUCCGGUCUGUGAAAUUAUGUCUUAUAUGAAACCAGUCCAUGGUGCAAAAAAUCCAUGACAAGUGAUUGACAGAUGCUAAAAAUCUCAAUCUCAAGUACAGUCUUUUGUGCUCAUAAGCUAAAAAACCACAUUAAACAUUAAAACCACCUCCUUGUUUCU